UUUGAAUACGAAAACAUUUUUUUUUUAAUCAAUUUAAGGAAAUUGUCAGAAAACGUUGAAUAAUUAAUUUAUGUACGGAUGAAAUCAUUUUCUGAUAUAUUUAGUUUAUAUUUUGCCUAAUACAAAACACAAACAAUAAUAUAUUCGAAAGUAUACAAUGAACCGUUGCCAAGGAUACUUUAAAACUCUAAUGGAAUAACGACGAAAAAACGACUAGUCUGUCUGGGACAUGAAGUGCAUUGCAAUAAAAUUAAUAAAAAAUAGCAUUCAGUUAACAUAUUAGUUAUCUAAUAUCAUACAAAGAAGUCAGAAAACAAUGAAGUUCAUACCUUUGCACACGAAGAACACAUCUAUAAUUUAUAAAAACUCGUUAUGUUCUUCCGCAAGCAUUAUUGUACUCAUUUUCAUCAUAUUGUCGGUAAUGAUUCCUAUGUUGCUGGUAUCGCUACUUAGCCCAUACUCCGGUAUUUCGGAAUCACGCAUUCUUUUCGAGCAACCACGAUUGCAAUUCAAAUUCCAAAGCAUAUUGAUUGCUGAGACGGAAGGGGAAGUUGUAAAUAACAAACAAGAUGUUAAUUUGGUGGUAUGCAGUACUCUGCCUCAUAUAAAUACGAUCGUAAUGGAAAACGGGAAUAGUUGUGAAGGAAUUAAGUAUUGGACCGAUGAUUUCGAUCAUGAUGGCACAAUUGACCGAGCACAUUUCCAACAACAGCUAGAAUCACUUCCAGGUCGAAUCAAAAGCAUCGACUUGGCAAUCUUUUUUGAAGCAAAUCUAAAGCACAAAUGUUCUCUUUCACCGCCUGCGCUCCUUACUUAUCACAAUGUUAUUCCAUCAGGAAUGCAAUUAAGUGCUGGUACCAUAUUGCUAAAAGCUGAACUAAAACUAAAACAAUACAUAGAGUUCACUUGCCCUUUUCCGGGGCGCAAUAUAAAAACCCAGUUUCAUCAGGUUAACUUCAACUCUAAUAGUAGUCACGUCGCCUUGGAGGAUUUUCAAUUACAGUCCCUCCUUGAACAACUAAAGAAGAAUCCGGCAUAUUUUCAACUCUCGGAGCAAGAAAUUUACUUUCGUCGAGAACCAGGAAACACGCUUCGAAUACAACUAGAUUUGGAUGUAAUGCAAGUGCCAGCGCGAUAUCACUUGAGUGUUUGGGAGCGCCUGGGGCAAUUUUGGUUAUAUUUUGCUUCCUUCUUUGGAAUUUCAUUCUAUAUUAUGAACAAAGUUAAAGACUAUCUGUUUGGCCAACACAUAAUUCGGGCUUGGGAAGUGAUACCAUGGAAGAAGCUCUACUGACACGAACCGGAGCCAAACUACAUUGAUUUGGAUGAUUUCUCAACUUCGGUUAUGUACUAAGUAUUUUAAAAAAUUUCCAUAAUGUUAAUAUGAGAGUUUGGCGUUACUGUGUGGCAAUAAUAAUUAUACAUUUAACCCUAUUUAAAUAAAAAAUUUACUUAAUAAAAACGAAAAA